CCGGAGUUGCGCGUGUGCUUUUGGCGAAACGCGGACUCGCGGCGCGCGCACUGAACGGAGCCGCGUGCGACUUCCAUCUUCAGUCAUGUUGGCAGGCACGAUGCGCGAGAGAGACAGACGCGGGGCUGUGAGACCGGACCCUCUGCCAGAGAUGUCGACGGAAAGGAAUCCCUGAAAACGGCCGCUGCCCGGGAAAUGUGGACGGAUGUGGUGCAGGUUGCUUUAUCCAUCGGUUGUUUUUGUUUUUUUUGUUUUUUUUCCCUCUCUCCUCCGCACAUCGCUACAGUGUAGUGGACCUGGAUGCCGUGUGGGCGAUGCUGCCACAAGGGCUACAUUGUGAUUUCGCAGAGAUGUUUUAAGAGCGUUGCAUAAAUGAAUCAAAUCCAAGCCAUCACAUGAAGAAUCGGAGUGCAAAGGGAUCUAAAAAGACAUCGCCACCUGUUACCGGGAAAUCAUCACCUGCAGCUUCAGCUCCACUGGGAAUAAUACUGCUACACCUACAGCCGGCCGGGAGAGGUGACAGCGCUGCCCUCCCACUUCCCAACUCUGACAGCCAUGAUCCAGAGGGACCCCCUGCUGAGGCUCAGAUCGGGGAUCAACUCACUGCUCCAUGGCUAGACCUCAACACACAAAGAGCUGGGGGCCUUUCUGCUGAGUAUCCCUCACUGCAUAGUAGCACAUGGAUUUCAAGACUUCAAAUGAAGAGACAAAGACUGGGAUUUAUUUGAUGCAAGAAGGUAAUGAGGAGCCGUUUAAUAUUCGACUACACUUGGCCAAAGAUAUUCUGACCAUUCAAGAACAAGAUGUCAUCUGUGUGUCAGGAGAACCUUUUUAUUCAAGCGAGAGGACAGUAACAAUCAGGCGGCAGACGAUUGGAGGGUUUGGUCUGAGCAUCAAGGGCGGAGCGGAGCAUAAAAUCCCUGUUGUGAUAUCAAAAAUAUCAAAAGAACAAAAAGCUGAACUCUCUGGGCUUCUGUUCAUUGGAGACGGCAUUCUUCAGAUAAAUGGAAUAAAUGUCAGAAGCUAUCGCCAUGAGGAAGUGGUGCAGGUUUUGAGAAAUGCCGGGGAAGAAGUGACUCUUACUGUGUCUUUCUUAAAGAAGACUCCCGCCUUUUUGAAACUGCCCCUCUGUGAGGAUUGCACAUGCAUCCCGAGUGACCAGAGCAGUGGGACCUCAUCUCCUCUGUGUGAUAGUGGCCUGCACUUGAACUACCAUCCUAACAACACGGACACACUGUCCUGCUCAUCGUGGCCUACAUCUCAGGGGCUUCGCUGGGAGAAGAGAUGGGUGGACUUGCGCCUUAUUCCUCUUCUUCAGUCUCGGCUGUCACAGUACAUGCCCGGCUCGGACACCUGCAGAAAAAAUGCUUUCCAGGUCAUAGCUGUGGAUGGUGUUUGCAGUGGAGUUAUACAGUUCCCCACAGCUGAAGACUGCUUGGACUGGCUACAAGCAAUAGCGAACAACAUUUCCAGUCUCACCAAGCACAAUGUAAAGAAGAUUAACCGGAACUUUCCAGUGAACCAGCAGAUUAUCUACAUGGGCUGGGUUGAUGAGAAGGAGCAGGACUCCGUUCAGGACCGAAUGUACUCACCAAAGUUCCUCGCUUUGAGGGGUUCUUCACUCUUCAAGUUCACUGCACCUCCCGUGACAACAUGGGACUGGACCAGAGCAGAGAAAAGCUUUACCGUGUACGAGAUUAUGUGCAAGAUUUUGAAGGACAAUGACCUUCUGGAUAAGAGGAGGCACUGCUUCAGUGUCCAGACUGAGAGCGGCGAGGACAUGUUCUUCAGUGUGGAGCUGGAGUGUGAGCUGCUGACCUGGGAAAAGGCCUUUCAAAUGGCAACAUUCCUGGAGGUGGAGAGGAUUCAGUGUAAAACAUAUGCCUGUAUUAUGGAGAGCCACCUAAUGGGACUUACAAUUGACUUCAACAUGGGCUUUGUGUGCUUUGAUGCUGCUUCAAAGGCGGUACUGUGGAGAUACAAGUUCUCCCAACUAAAAGGGUCAUCCGAUGAUGGAAAAAGCAAGAUUAAGUUUUUAUUUCAAAAUCAAGACUCCAAAUCUAUUGAAGCGAAGGAGCUGGAGUUCUCAAACCUCUUCGCAGUGCUUCACUGUAUUCACGCUUUUUUCGCUGCCAAAGUUGCUUGUCUGGACCCAGUUUUUGUGGAGAGCCAAGGCACUGCGACAACUGCUGGGAUUGCGACUCUUUCCAAUCUCUCCUGCAAUUCACAGACUCCCAAACUGAAAUAUGCCACUUGACAGGUGCUGCUUUCUUUGGACUCCUUUUAAAAAAGCUCCCCUCACUUAAUCAUGAACGUGGCCUAAAAUGGUUGACAGCAGAACAAAAGGAAGAGCAGACUGUGACUGUGUGGCACACUGCUGUGUGUACUGAUGAAAUGGACCUUUAUACGAGCGCAACACUUUAUAGAUCUGCAGACGUCUGGAAGAACUUUGUCUUAACUUGACCUGACUUUGAACCUCUACUUUCAAUAACUUCACAUGCAGACCUUGAUGGACACUAAAUGUGCAAUAUUCAAAAAAGUUGUGAAAAGAUUUUGUCUCUUGAGCCUCAGGCACCCAAAUGAUCAACACAUCAAACUGGAAAAUGCAGUUUUUCCCCCCAAAGUGGUCUGCUUUUCUAUGUAGUUCUACUGAAGAUACGGAGUUAAAGGACAGACGUGAACCUUUUAACCACUUCAGACUCACUUAAACUCACCUAAAGUAGUGUGAAGAAAAGUCUGGACUACGGAUAUUAUUGGAUGUGUUGUCUUGAAACUAAAUAUGUUUCAUUUUUUAAAGUGUUUUUGAAGUGAAAAUUUUAAUUCGUUGUUCAAUUUGAAGUAAAAAUGUAUUUUCCUCUGCUCAGCUAGAAGCUAAAUGGUGACAUAUUUUUGGUGUCAUAACAAACAAACAAAAAUCAAUUUAUUUCAAUAUAAUUUGAUGACAGCAUUGAUGAACAAAAUGGAUGUCUUGGAUUGUUUCCUUUUUACGUUAUAUCAUGCACCUUUGUAAGGUAUGAAUACAAAUAUUUCUUUGAUUAGUGGACUAAGAGAUUAUUUGAGAUUGUAUGAAAGUGUUAUUUUCCCUUUUGCAUGAAUGAAGAGUGUAGAUUCUGGUAAUAAAUUCACCAUGAACACAACUACAAUCUGACAAAAAAUAUCACUAAAUAAGAGUAGAAAUAUUUCCCAUGAUAUUUAUAGCAUUUACCCCAAACGUAAACAUGUAAAUAAACACCGAUGUUAAAAUAAACUCAAAGGAUUAUGAAUUAUUCUGAUAAAUUUAGGGAUUAUUUCGGAUUAUGGCAUUUGUUAACUUGAUUUGAACCAGAGAUGACCUGGUAGAUAGAUCAAAACCUUGUGCUCUCUUUUUCCUUUGCCCUACAUAUCAUUUUAAAAGAAUGUGUUGUAUUUUACAGAUAUUUUAUCCAUAUUAGCCUUUACCUUGUAAAUAUGGCAUAACUGACACAUGAGCAAUUAGGAGGAUGUCAGAAAUAUGUAGCAUCCUGGCCUCCUGAGGUUUGAGAAACCCCUGUAAACUUUACUCUGCUUUAAAGGGUUGAUAAAUGCAACAGAGUGACAUCUAGAUGAUCAUAUUCACAGAGAGUACAGGUCAAUUAGUGUAAUUAGUCACACUCUUACCUCCCAUUUAUGAGAGGAAUUCAAACAGAAGAGGCCUCUGGGUAAGUAAACUCGAGAGGAUAGCAAAUUAAAUAGGAUCAGUAAAGUGUUCCGUACUGUGCAGCCUUGUUAAGGUGAUAUGUGUGUGAUGGAAACUGAUGGCAGUGCAGUCUAUGCAAAGAAAGCCUGUGUGAUGCUUUUGUGCUUUAAUAUUAUCUUGGUUGCAUUAAACCAUAUAACACUGGAGGUAGAGAGUGAGGCUGAUAUUAUUUUUGCAGAUGUUUUAUCAAGGAAUCUGCUGUAUAAUAAAUCAAUAAAU